GCAUGCGCAAUGAAUGUACAGUGAACCACGGCCUUUCUGAUAGAUAAAUGUCAAGUGAUUGUUGUGUAUCCGUUAACAACGUAAACAAACACCAAAACACUGUGCGGUUUACAACUCGUUUUCCAAUUCGAUUUUUGGCGAUUUGCUAGUACAUGACAACGUGUCUCGUUGGAACAUGUACCGUUUGAAGAUCACCUUCGACGAAAAGAAAAAAGACGCAGAGAUGAUCUUCAACAUUCAAUGGAAGAAUAAAACGGUUUGUGUCGACGCAAGAUCUAACAUGGUGGGCAUGUUGGAUGGAUCAGCCACUAACGAUUAUCACACUUUCAAAACCUAUCUGCUAAACAAUUCCGGAACUUUCGUUAAUAAUGUUGAUAACGUUCGAGUAUCUUAUAUAGCUGGUGAUAAUGAAUGUUAUAUUGAGAACGAUUUCGACUAUGAUUAUGCGUUGCCGUUUUUCCGAGGGAAGGCUUUAGCUGGACAGUAUAUUGAUUUGAAAUUAGAUUAUGUGGAUAGAUCUAGAGUGAAAGAUAAAGAAAUUCCACCUCCGGAUUGGUUUUUGAAGUAUAUGAAGAAGUUUAAAGAAGACAUUGUUAGUGAAGUAUCUGCCAUCGUUUUGUCAAAACAGCAUCAAAGCAACAGCCAUCCUAUUAGGAAAUUGAAACCUGAAAGUUAUAAAAGGAGCAGAAAAGUACCACUUUUAGUAGGGGACACCAAUGAUAGGGAAUUAUUAACCAAAGUAAGAACAAAACUGGAGAAAUUGGAACACAAAGCAACAAAACUAAAAACAAAGAAAGCCUUAAUGGGAUUGUCGAGUGAUAGUGAUGCCGGUAAAAGUAGUAAAAGUGAAACAAAUCAGCCUCAAUCCGCCGAAAAUGACGUUGAAAUGAGUGCCGCACUCAUCACUCCAAACAAAAAAGGUAACAUUCCAUAUUUAAGUGGAGGCGAGACUUAUGUGCACACUUGGGAAGUUAAAAACAAUGGAUCUCUACCAUGGAAUUCAUCUACAAAAUUAAAAUAUGCGUGGGGUUCACAAGCCUUUGAACCAUGGGAAAAAAAUAUUACCUGCCCGUUUUUAAAACCAGGUGAAUCUGGUUGCAUCAGCGCAAUCUUUAAUGUUCCAGCUCUUCCAGGAAUGUACGAAUGUUAUUGGCACUUUUACAAUAAUGGCAAACGUUUCGGGAUAUCACUUUCGUCAGUAGUUAUGAUUGCUGAUAAUCCGGUUAAAGCUGAAAAUUACAUUCGAAGUCCCACUUAUGAUGUGAUCAAUAUCCAGGAUGAUUAUGAACUUGUUUUGCCUACUACUUGGACUAUACCACCUCAAAAACGUAACUCGCAAUCCAGUAAAAUUGAAACUCACAAUCAAACUAAGUCUGAGCCUGAAAAGACACAAAAAAUGGUGGAGUCAAGUCUAAUUAUUGAAUCCAAAGAUGAAACAGAUUGCAUUGAGGCUAAUCAAGUCACCACAAAGGAAGAGGAAAAUUGUGACGCUUUUCAAGGUGAAGGUGACGGAGUCGAAAAUAACGAUGGUUCUAAAAUAGAGGCCGAAGAAAGGUUGGAAACAGAAAAUAGAAACAUUGAAAUAGACGAAAAAAUUGAUUUCGAUCUAUUUUUGGAUGAAAGUGAUGAUCAAAGCAUUAUUUCCAUCAGCGACAGUAACAGUUCAUAUGAUUCCAAAAAUGAGUUUGUAAUGUUAGAGUCAAAUACGUCCAAUUUGAAUAUAGAUGAUGUGCGUCAAAACAUUCAAAGUGAUACAAACGACCUGCUAGUUGAUGCAGUACAAGAUACUGAUGGAAUUUCUGAUAGCAAAUUGCAACAUGAAUGUCAAGAACCUAAAAUUGAGCAUGAACACGAAAAAGAAGAAGAAGUGAAAACUGUUGAUGUAACUGAUAAUCAAACAAAUGGAGUAAGUGAUGUUAAAUUGGCAACACAAACUGUUUCAGAAGAUGAUGAAAGAGAAUGUAAUAAUGAUGAUAAAAAUGAUGACGAAGAUGUAGUAAAAGGUGAGAAUAUACCAACUGGAUCUGCAAAAACUACUAAAGAUGAAUUUGGUUAUAUUAUUUAUGAAGGUAAAAUAGUUCGAAUUCCUAAACGGUAUUUAAAUGAUGGUAAAUCUCAAAUGAAGGAAAAAGUAGUUGAGAUAGCCUCAAAAUCCCAACAAAGUAACCAAAAUGAGAAUAAGUUACAAAAAAACGCUACACUUAACACUGAAAACGCGACCGCUAUAAAGACUAAGGACAAUGGGACGAUUCCAAAAAAUAUUAAUAAAAUAAAGAAAGAGAGAAUUGUUAAAAAAUCAAAAUCGCCAGAAUCGAAAGUGCCAGACACUUUAAAAAAAAGAUUGGACCUGGACAUUUCCCCCGAAAUGUUUACGUAUAAAACUAAAAAAAAUCCAACUUCAACUGUUAAUUUAAAUGAAAAAAGACGAAAAGCCAAAGAGUCGAUGGAUGUUAAACAAAGAUUUUUUGUCUUCCCACAACAGGGUCCAGGCUAUGAAAUGGUUGAACAUUCACGAAAGAUUGAUGAUUUAAAAGAUGAUGAUCCAAAUAAUUAUCUUAUCAAAACUCAAUAUGAUGAAUCAUCAGGUAUUGUAAACAUGUAUAUUGUUUACGCUAAAGAUAACAUCAAAGAACCAAAUGUGUAUGGUUAUUUUGUCCCACUGGAAUAUGUGCAAGAUCAUUCAUUACAAAACUCACCAUCAAUUCGAGAUGAAGAAUUGAUUUAUUAUGCCAUUCCGGUUGACGUAGAAGCAUUAUUCAAAAGCAAAACUGAGGAAAUGUAUUGCAGAUUCAUCCUUAUGAAGUUACAUCAUGGCCCCUACUCUGAAGAUACUGCAAGGGUUUUAUGUGACGUCUCUACCCCAAACACACAAAGCAUUUUUAAUUUGAGCAAUCUAAAAACUUGUUAUCAUUACCAUCAACAAAUGAACGCUGCUGCUAUUGACAAACAGUAUCCUAGUGUUAUAACUUUUGGUUCCCAACAUAUGGUAGUGUAUGAGAUUGCCUCCGCUUCGAGGCGCUAUGCGUUUGAUAUGGAUAUUAGACCUCAAAAUGUAGUUCCUGAGAGCAGCUUACGAUUGCGUGUUCACACCUUAGCGCUAAAUCACUUAACUGCAAAAAAGGGUAUUAAAGGAGAAGAAAUAGCGACAAAUACAGAUGUAGUUAUAGGUGAUAAUAAGGGGUUAUCAUCUAAAUGUAAAAAAGAAAUUCAACUUGGAAAGGUAGAGACUCAUUUGCACCACAAAAAAUAUUUUGAACAUCCUUCCGCUGCCGUAAACAUGUUCAUUCUUUACUAUUUUGAUUAUAAAAUUGAACCAGACGUCUAUGCUUAUUUCGUUCCAUUGAAAUAUGCUCAACAUUCACUAGAAGCACCAUCAGAUCGUCCAAUACAGAACAAGAACGAACUGAUAUUUUACUCCGUUCCAGUCGACUUGGAAGCAUUAUUCAAUCAUAGUUGUGGUGGUUCUUUGUGUAAAACAGGCGUUUGCAAUUCUAAAUUUAUCCUUAUUCCGUUAAAUUUAGAAUAUUCAGAAUAUAUGUACAAUAAUGUUUUGUAUCCUGUAUGGAAAAAGUACCUUUUUAACCUGUCAGGUAUUAAACGUUAUUGCGCAUACUAUGACGAUGAAACUGUAAUAUCUCCUACUGGUCAAAAAUAUAUCGUAUAUGCGAUAUUUUCCCUUGAGAGACAAAUUGCGUGGGAUAUGAACAUCAGACCUCAAGAUAUAACCGAUAUUUUGCACCCAGAGAAAUUAUUAAAGUUGUGUGUUUAUACAUAUGAACCGCAACACCCCCAAAAAGUUAAUGAAACACCGAAAUGCUCUGGUACACAAAGUGUUGAACAUCCGACAGAGAUGAAAGAAAAACUGGCUCUUACUAAUGACGAAACAAGUUUGGAAUCUGAAGCAUCAAAUCCUUCAUCAACAUCGGUACAAAAUAUUAAAGCGGCGACUCCAAAACCUGGUAAUAGUAGCAAGAAAAUCGAAAGAAUAAAGAGUAGAGAGGAUGUUGAUGGUACGUCCAGAAUUUCGGGUUUAAUAGAAGGUUUCAAGGGUAAAAUGGGUGAUAUAAGGAACACUGUGAUCGAUACAGCUAAAGAUAUCGUAGAGAUUGUUACUCUGCCAAAUCAGUCUAAUCAGAUUGGUUAUUGGCGUCACGGACAUUGGAUUUCAACUAAUCCCAAUUCAAAACGUGAACAAGCACUUCAAGUUCUCCAAGAAAUGGGUUUCAACAAUCGCGAUUUAAAUGCGACUUUGCUAGCGCGUUAUGGCGAUGAUCUUAAUUUAGCGUUAUCACGUCUUUUGGAGUAUAAUUUGGAUGUGUAACCUUGCACUAUUUAUUAAUCUCUAUAGAUAUUCGAUUUCGUCUUUUUAAGUUCCAGUUGAGUGGCAUAAUGGUAAUACAGUCAUUUUGUUAUUUGAAUAAGAACUUGAAGACUAAAUCGAAUUUUACUUAUUAACCUUAUACUUUUCAAUUUCCGCACUAAAAUAAAAAACGAGUUGGUUAACAAGCUAUGCUAAUUAAUACUUUUACAUUACAUAUUAUAAUAUAAAAAAAAUCUAUACUUAAA